CCCGCAGCGAUGACCUCCAACGCGUCGAGCGCCAGUUUGCAUGCUUCCCCCAGUGUGCGGACAACUCCAGUCCACUUCUCAACGGUCGUAACUGCUCCCCCCUGGGCUAAGGACGAGCCUCCAUCUCCCACCGAUGAAGCCUUCUCCGAUGGCCACAAUGCUAUUGAAUCCCGCCGCUCUGUAACCUCCUUCUCCACUCAUGCCUCCAACAAUGAACCAAGCCGUUGGAAUACUUUCACGCGACCUCGUGACAAAAAGAGUGUCUCGUUUAGAGAUCGGUCGAUAUCAUGGCUCCCUACCCAGCGCGAUGGUAGUACGUCUUUCCCCCGUCGAAGUCGGCAGAAUUCGCGCACUGGCGGUCUGAACCGGAACUGGAAUCUUUCUAUCACUCUCCCCACCCCACCUGUACCCGCAUCAACAGCUUAUACUCUCCAACAUAAUGCAACACCUGGCUGGGAUGCCCCAUGGACCUCCCGAGUAGGUGCCCAAGGCCCUGCAGGAAGACAUCACAGCGAUAGCUCUGUCGAGGAAGAAUCCUCGCCUGCUAACUCGGAGAAAGCUGGCCAUCAUCGUCGGAAGCGAUUAAGAGCUUUCAUUCUCUCAAACGCCUACGUCCCUUUGAUUUUCCGCCUCAUUAACAUCGCGUUUACCACUGCUGCGUUGGCUAUUGCUAUCAGGAUCCGGAACCUAGAGAAACGUCUCCACACUAUGGGGGAACUUGGCUCCUCGCCUACUCUGGUCAUCAUCUUCGCCCCGCCUACUCUGCUACAUGUCAUGUUCUCUAUUUAUUUGGAAUAUUUCGGAAGACCUCUGGGUCUCUGGCGUACCUCACACAAACUGGCAUACACUCUUUCGGAAGUCCUAUUUAUUUGCGCUUGGUCUGCGGCUCUCUCUCUCUGUUUCGACAACUUCUUCACAUCGGUCAUUCCCUGGCCCCAACGCAGCGUCUCUCGGAGUCGGUCUCGGUUGCGGGGAAUAUCCCGCCUACGAGCAACACGAGACUAUGCAGUGGGCAUUGGGUUGUUGCUUGUCGUCGUCAUAUUAUGGACUUCGUCAAACUUUGUAACCCAGGGCAUGUACACUGGUGGCUACGAAAAGCCUUUUCUGGUGACGUACCUCAACACCGCAUCCUUUGCGCUCUACCUUAUCCCUGUUUGGGUUCGACGACGAUGGAAAAGGGAUGGAGAGUCCAGAACGCCAUACCAGCCGCUUGCUGUCGACGGGGAGGCGCAAACAAACUCCCCAGAUCCCUCCUCUCCUGAAGAGACACUACCUCCGCUCACAAGUCAAGAAACCACUCGACUUGCACUUCUAUUUUGCUUCUUAUGGUUCGUUGCUAACUGGACGUUGAAUGCGUCUCUCGACUACACAAGUGUGGCCAGUGCCACAAUCUUGUCAAGUAUGAGUGGUUUCUUCACGCUUGGGAUUGGGAGAGUUUUUCGUGUUGAGACCCUCACUAUUCCCAAAAUAUUUGCUGUUGUUACCAGUUUUGCUGGCGUGAUUCUUGUUUCCUUGUCGGACUCGAUACAGCCUCAACAGCCGGCGGGAGCUGCCUCCCGGCCAUUGGCGCACAUAGAGGACCUUGCCCCGCGCCCAAUCUGGGGCGAUGCGCUUGCCCUCGUAUCUGCCAUCUUCUACGCUUGCUAUGUGAUCCUACUCAAAGUCCGAAUACGUUCGGAGUCCCGUAUUGACAUGCAACAAUUCUUCGGCUAUGUUGGGCUGUUCAACAUUCUUCUCUGCUGGCCUAUAGCGCUUUUGCUACACGUCACUGGUAUCGAAACGAUACAAUUACCUUCCCGCGACGCGACCGCUGCUUUAUUAAUCAACAUGGGCAUAACACUAACCAGCGAUUUCAUCUACGUUUUGGCCAUGCUCAAAACCACCCCACUUGUAGUGACUGUUGGCCUCAGUCUAACUAUCCCGUUGGCCGUAAUUGGGGACUUUUUGCUUUCAAAGUUUACGCGUGGACAAGUCAUCUUCGGGGCAAUCCUCGUAUUGGUUAGCUUCGUGGUGGUUGGACUCGACAAUGAGAAGAUCAAACCACGGGAAGAUGCCGAACCAGCGGCUGAGGAUGAAGAGGAGGAUGAGGAUGAGGACAUUAGACCAUUAGCGGUAGAGCUGGAUGAUACCCCAUGA